UCAUCCUCUUGUACUAGUUGCGAGAUCAUAACCACUACGCAUUUGCAAGGCUGCCAUGUUAAUACGAGAGUAAAAUACCAAUUGAAACCAACAGGAAUUAGAUUUGGCUCUAUAAAAGCGGCAUUGCUAAUUAAUACCUCGUUGUAAUACCUGGAUGCUAAAUGGAGGGCUACCUGUUAAAAAACUGUUUCAAGAAAUUGCUUCCAAUUAUAGCCGAUGAAUUAUCAGAGCAUUAUCGUUCGGACGACGACGGUUCCCGGUUAUCAAAACUGUUCGAUAUUGAUACAAAGUAUUGUUUCAUCUUCAAAAAACAGAAUGAUGUGAAACUACGAAUUGCAAAGAUAAUACAUUACUGGAUAACAAUACAUGACGGGAAGGCAACGCUAGGACAGUUGCUAAAAAUAUUGGAAUAUAAUGGAAUGUGGACGGCAAGGGAUAACAUGUUGAGAAAGUCGUCCUGCCCUCGACCAGAAUUUGUUGACAAAGACGAACCCGGCCACAUUCCACGUCUAAAAGAAAUUUUAACCGCAUCCGAAAUAUUUUACGAUAAUCAAAGUCUUCUGGUUUAUGGUGAAAUUGGUAUCGGAAAGACAUACUUUGUGAAACGGCUGCUAAACAUCUACUUCCAAGGUGCACCAGAAAGUCCCAGGGAGAUCACAAUAUGGCUAGAUUUCCAAAAUUUUUCAAGCUCCUUGGCUGAAACAUGUGAUAAUUUGGAUAUUUCGUUUGGAGGAAUACAACCGUAUGAUUUGGUAAUUAAAUUGCUUAACAGUCAGCCGGAUUUCUUAAUUUUGGAUGGAUUCAGUUUGGCAAACGAAUUGUGGGAAGAAUACUUUACUCUUUGCCAAAAGUUUCAGAAAGAGUAUUAUUACAAAAUGAUUGUAAUAACAGACGAAACAAAAGGAUGGGGCGAUUUUGAUUUGGCCAUACAAAUUAAGCCACUUGAGGCUGAACAAGUCUUAAAAUUUGCACCCGAAUUGAACAAUUUCCCAAACGGAAUUGCUGACUUCUGUGGUGGUAACCCUGCAAUGUUGAAGGUAUUUAAGAGAUUGGCCAAUGAUGGGAAACUAACGGAAGAAGGAACUAAAUUGUCGAUGAUCCAAAACUUUAAAUCUAGCAUUCGAAGAACGCAUGCAAUAAGUGACACAAAUCGCACUUUUCAAGACUCUGCAACAAUGAUGUUACCCCGAGGGAAAAAACGCCCCAGGGAACAGUCCAUAACGCAGAAAUUUAUGGAUGAAAAUUUCCCCCAAGAAAUUCGCGAGUCGAGGAAAUAUUUUGCAAAGAUGGAGCCAGAAUCAUCACUGACUAAAAAGACGGGAAACGAGCAUAUCAUAUAUUUUGAGCCUUUUCUAAAAUACUGGUUACUAAUUAGCGGGAUUCCCAGUGCACUCGCGAAAUCUGGUAAUAUUUUUGAAAUUCGGAUUCAACCUGUCGCAUGGGCUACCGCAUUUAAUCAGCGAGAUCUCGCCUCAACAAUUCAAUUCGUUUGGAAAGCAAUGGUUCACUCGGAGUGUCGCAAGAUUAUCAUUUUGGACAAAAUUGCGAGAGACAACAUGGUCAAAAUUAUACAACGAGCCGUCAUCUUCAUGAUGUCCAAGUUCCAUCCUACCUCGUACAUAAAUCCGUGGUCAUUUCCGUCAAGUUUCCACGAAAUUAUGACUCGCUUCCCCGAACCGGACGAGGCCAUGAUGGCCGUAAUAAAUUCCACAUUGAGAAACUAUGACUCUCGCCGCGAGAACGACGAGCCUUAUCGAGCCCAAUUUCUCAACGAGUUAUCCGGUCGAAUGGAUGGUUUGGCUCACAAUUUCUGGGACGAUGUUGACUUGCCCGAUGAUUAUGAAGUCUUCAUAAUUGAAGCUCAAAAGGAGGAAACAAAGUAUGAGGAAAUGUUCAAAAGGUGCGUCAUGGCGGUGAGAAACUCAAAUAUUGGCGGGAUUAGGAUGGACACAGCGCAAAUAGCGGCCGCCUUGACGAAAAGCACCAUCCCGCAGAAUACAGAUCAGCACGUGGAUGGCGUUCAAUUUAGUGAAAAACGUUGGAAAGCAGCAUUCAAACAGGGGGAGAUUUCUAUUGCAAAAGUAGCAGCGAAAUUAUCCAGUACAAUUAUUCGCUUAGAUUUUGGCGAUGUUGGGCAAUUGAUACAAACUUUCAAAGGGGUCGGAUCCAUUUGCUCAGUCAAAAUGUUGGCCAUCUAUCGCGCGUCUAAAUUUCUGUACGAAAGACGACACAAUAAACGAGGGUACGAGGAGAUGUAUGAUUCUCAAAUUCCCGACCAUAACGUGUACCCAACUUUGGAAGAGUGCAGACAGAUAGAUGAGGAGAUUUGGAUCCAUGGAAGGAACAAUGUCCUCGGAAGGUUGAAGGACCUGUUGACCCUUGACCCGUCAGGGGCCAUUAACUCACCUACCUUACCAAAUAUGCUAAAUGUUGCCAACUUCCAAAAUCAACCACACUGCUUACCCCAUUCUCCCGCGGUAUUUCAAGCAACCUCGGACUCUGGGCAGAUGGAUGUAUCCAUAUCACCGGACGGUCUUGUUUUUCAAAAUCUGGUUCUGUCCCCCAGACAAGGCGACGACGGUCUUGAAGAUGCUCAACGUUUUACUUGUGUACAAAACUUCCUGGAUAAGGAAACUUUGAAGGAAUGGAAACGAACGGGACUUAUUAAUGGGAUCGAGCCUAAAUUGUUGAGAGAGGACUACACCAAAACAAGUUAUAUGUCGUUGACACUAAAAAUCGGCGAGACUACCCGCACGCACGCUUUUUGCCAUAAAACGUGGACCGGUGCUGAGAAACUGUACCGUUCAAACGGUCCGGUUCAUAUGGGGAGACAAUUUUUGAUAAAAGAGAUCUUUGACGAGGACGAACUUCGCGAUGCCACCCCGACCGGACGGCGUAUGAGGGGUCAGGCCCCGGGAGAGGAGAAGCAACUCGAUGAAAACAGACAGUGGCAAAUUUUGGAUUUGAUUCGCUACUUGGUCUCGCAAGGGGAGAGAGGCGUUUGCAGGCCGGCGCUGUACAUAGGUCCGUGGUCAAACCCGGUAGAGAAAAAUAUGCGGACUGAAGUCAUCACCUUCGGGUCGAAUAAGAUUCGAGGUACUCUUAAAAAAACACUAAUUGGCAAUUGUACCCAAGAAAGUGUAUGAUGGUAAUUGUUCCGACGAGAGAAACUCGUUUUUAUGCAGACGACUCAGAUUCUAAAAAAAUAUGAAGUAGUUAAAAAUUUUAACUUAAAUAUGAGCAAAUAUAUUUUGCAUAUUUUAGCAAUACGACAGUUACUGCCUUAGGUAUAGUUAAUUUUUUAGCUUAUGAUUCAUAAUAGUGCAUUAUGUGACCUUACAUUGCGAUACCAUUUAUGCUGUACUGAUUCGGAAGUGGUGCUUCAAAUCGUUACCUAAACUUGAGCAGAUCUGUAGAGAGCUGGGGUGUUUUACCUUACAUAUUAUUAGCCUUUAAACAUAUGAUUAUGUAGAAACAUGAAAUAAAUAUUAACAUAUUUUCCUUUUUGAAA